AUGCUGGUCAAGGCAGUGGCCAACAGCACGACCGCCAGCUUCAUUCGUGUCAACGGUUCCGAGUUCGUCCAGAAGUAUCUGGGAGAAGGACCUCGUAUGGUCCGUGAUGUGUUCAGAAUGGCCCGGGAGAACUCCCCCGCGAUCAUUUUCAUCGACGAAAUUGAUGCCAUCGCCACCAAGCGUUUCGAUGCCCAGACAGGUGCCGACCGUGAAGUUCAGCGAAUUCUGCUGGAGUUGCUGAACCAGAUGGACGGCUUUGAACAGUCGAGCAACGUGAAGGUCAUUAUGGCCACCAACCGAGCAGAUACCCUGGAUCCCGCCCUGCUGCGUCCGGGUCGUCUGGAUCGUAAGAUCGAAUUCCCGUCGCUGCGUGACAGACGGGAACGUCGCUUGAUCUUCUCGACCAUUGCUUCCAAGAUGUCUCUUUCUCCGGAAGUCGACUUGGACUCGCUGAUCGUGCGCAACGAGCCUCUAUCGGGUGCCGUGAUUGCUGCUAUCAUGCAAGAGGCCGGUCUCCGGGCUGUGCGAAAGAACCGGUACAACAUUAUCCAGUCCGACCUUGAGGACGCCUAUUCCGCCCAGGUCAAGACGGGCCAGGAAGCAGACAGGCUGGAGUUCUACCGUUAA